UCACAGCGAUUUCUCUCUUUCCAUCGAGUCUCACAACAACUAUGGUUUACGUAUGCGGGAUCUGGAAUGACUCAUCAUGAGAAAUUAUUCACCAGCUUCGCUUGAAACUUUGCAAACCCUGAGCUGGAAAGCUGAGAAAGUGUGUCCGAGUGCUCGACGGGAGACAUGGGUUCUGGUUCUCGUCACAAGGGAAUCACUCUGUACACAUGUUUGGACACGCUCACAUCUCGAUUUUGAAAUGGCCUACGCAGCAUCACCGAAGACCUGGAGCAGCCCUUAUCGUAGAUCUGAUUUCAUCGACUCUGAUGUGGCUGCUUACAAGAAGCUGAGCACCUGGCAUAUUACUCCGUCACUGAUACCAAAGUCUUCGACACACAAAAACACACACGUACGUACAAGUUGCCCUAGCAUUUCAGUAACCAACGUGAAGACCGAGUGAGAUUUUUGGGGCUUUGGCUUCCGGCUUAAUAAAAGGCUUUCACGCAUACUUAUUGUCCAGUAUGUGGGUAGUUGGGAUGUGAGAUUGCACUUGACAGCGACGUUUGACCUCUCGAUCAACUC